AUGACUCGACGAAAGAUCAAGACUCUGCUCGACAUGCUGCUCAAGGUGCGGGAAGAAUCAAACAACCAAGAUAAGAGUGUGGUGGUGUCUCGGUGGACUUCACUCUUGUCACUGGUGCGCCAUCAUCUGGAACGGCGAGGCAUCCCCUCUGUCACUAUCCAGGGUAGCGUCCCUGGUCACCAGAGGGCUUCCUACGUGGCCAAAUUCAAUGAGCAGCGAGGAGGACCCACAGUAAUGUUGCUCUCCCUUGAAGCUGGUGGUGUGGGCCUGAACCUGGUUGGUGGCAAUCACAUGUUUGUGCUCGACGUGCACUGGUGA